CAUCAUGAAAAAAAGACGGAGUUACACACAGACACAAGGGGCCGACUACGCGUCGCUGUGCGACACGGCCGCCAACAACCGCGCCUUCCGCGCGGCCUCCUUCUCGCCCUUCCAGCAGCCCCAGCAGCAGCUCACCAGCACCAGAAAGACCAGGAAGGACACGUUCAGUACCAACCUUCGAUCGAACACGCAGCACUUCUCCGCGUCGAGCGCGCAGCACCGCUCUUCAUAACACAUGUUGCAGACGGGCCACGUGUCGUCCUUCGCCCGUUUUUGUUUUGGGUGGCAGCCCACCGUGUUGUUUGCAUCUUGCACGAUCUUCCACCGUCCUACCGUGUUCUCGUUCGGCGUCCAGAGCAGCGGGCACUCGGUGAAGGUCCACCAGUGGUGCGGUUUGAUACAGAUGGGGCAGUCGCUCUGGUCCCUUGCUACCACUACGGUGACGCCCUCGUCGGGGUCCUUCGGGAUGAGUGAUGCUUGAGCUGCCCAUGCUAUUAUGAGCAGGCGCCGCAUUCUAUGGGGCCGCGUCGACGAAGCGCUCCGUCGCGCCGUCGACGCGCCCGCGAGAGAUGCUGGGGCAGCGUCUCUGCCUGGCUCGGACCCGGAGCGGGUGAUGGGCAGCCACAGCUAGCGGCGGCCAAAA